AUGGCUGGAAGAGUGGCCUGGCUCGGCCUGCUUUCCAGCUUCAGGCAGACAGUUCGCGCAGCCGACCUUCGCUUUGCCAGCCCUGAAAACGAGCUUCGUUUUCGGCAUGACUUGGUGCAGCAGUCAUUUCGACUAGCAGCUCCAGCAGGUCUGACACAGGUUGCACUGCAGCUCGUCAUCGCUGCCAAUCGCCUGUCUCAGGAGAUGCAUUGGAAUGCCGGCAUGUCAGCGCCUGAUCUGAUGUUCUUGUUGAUGCAGGCAAGUGCUGCGGUGCUGAUGGUUCUUGCCUGCCUUCACGGCCUCUUCUCCAAAGGUGAGAGGUGCCGCGGCUUCUCAGAGGCUCUGUGGACCUGUGCUAUCAGUGCCAACACUGUCGCCGGUGUCCUCCAUGGAAGAUGGUGGCGACUUUGGGUUGAAGAGAGGGAGCUGGACUGCUUGGAUGGAGAAGCAUCAGAGCUCUCCGCAGCUCUUCUCAGCGUUGCCUUCGUUUCGAUUGCUUGCCAUGUGCUCCCUCUCCGGUGUUGCUUCCUCGGUCCGUUGGUGAUCCUGGCUGGGGUGGCCUGCUGCUUCCAGGCCGUGAUGGGCGCUGCCGCUAGCCAAGGUCGCCAGUCAGGCGUGCAGCUCCUGAAUGCUGCUCUGUUGCUGUGGUUGCUGACCUCCUCAUAUUGUGCUGCUCACGGAAGAGAGCGAAGCUUCCGAGAGGGCUGGAUGCGUGCGUGUUCCCAGGACUCCCUCAUGCACGAGGCUUCUGCGGAGAAAGGAGUUGCUAAGGCCGCCUUGGCACGCGACUUGAAAAUCUUCAAGUUGUACGGCUGCUGUUUAGCCCUGAGCUUGCACGAGGACUUCCGGAUAUGCAAUGGUUCCCUACAAGCUGCCAAGACUUUUUUCGGGAAGGAUGUGGAGGGUUCGAGCUUCCUGAUGCUGGUGGACGAAGCUUACAGGGACAACUUCUCGCAGUUGUGCAAGCAUAUAGAUGGCUCGCGGAUUCCAAGAAGCGUAACCGUGAAGCUGAUCUUAGCAGAUCCGGCCCCCACCGCCUGUCAGCUGAUUCUCCUGUACCAUGGACGGCCAGGACGGACCUACCUGCUUGGCAUCAAGCGGGUCUCGGGCUUCACUGAGCAAAGAAGGUCCCCACCCGGCCGAGUUCAGCCGGAUCCCGAAGUUCAGGACACUCGCCACCCUCUUGCACCCGACCAUGUGGUUCCUUCACCGAGCCCUCUUGGUUCUCCACAGCCACCAGAGAAGGAUCGACCCGCCAAAAUGGACAGAGGGUCUGGAGACCCUCCGAUCAUGCUGGCAUACUCAGGGUUCAGCAGCGACCGCGAUGGGGCAAGCUCUGCAAGCUUGUGCUACACUUCGUCAUCAGAUGGAAGGGGCGCAUCAGGUUUCAGCCUUCUUUUCACCGGAACGGACGGCACCGUCCAGACAGAUCCCAUGCUCGGGAAGGCAGAUGCAUGCGUUGAGACGGACGUCGUCUGGUCGGAAGAGGGUUUCCACUGCCGAUGUUGCAGCCUGCCACCAUGUCCACUGGACGAUCAACAGAGAGACGCCCUUGCUUGCAGCAACUUCAAGCCGCGCAGGCGAAAACGGAAGCACUCCAGCUUGGAGGUUCUCCAGGGGACCUGGGCGCUGGAACCCUCGUUCUCCGGCAUCGCGCAGCAGUUCAUGCACCGCCUGACCUUCAUCGGCGACAGGUGCAUAGAUGCUUUGGGGCAGCGGUGGAAGAUCACGGACGACAACGGCACGCUCUACCUGAUCAAGGGCCGUAUCUGGGUCAGUGGCAAUGUUCUUUUUCGCGAAGGUAAAUCGGGCAUAGUCAUGCGUUUCCAGCGGGAAGAGGACCUCGCCAUGGGAUUUGAGGAAGACAUGGAUGCCGAAGAUGUGCAGGAGCAGGACAGCCUGCAAGUCUUGGAGAAUAUCGUCUCGCGCUGCUACGACGAGCACUCUCCGGAUCUGCUACUGGAGCUGGGCCUGAACCAGUGA